AUGGGUAUAAUUUAUGCAUCAGGAAGAAAAAAAAAUCCACCAUGUGUACCAUGUCCUCAUGGUUAUGCACCAGGAAAUCCAGGAACACUUGGUGAAGUACACAAAAAAGUUGAAGAUUUAUAUCCAAGAUGUUUUGAAGGUGUAAGAUUGAAUGUUAAAAAAAGUUUAAGUAGUAAUUUUUCAACCUGUCAUAUGAUAAAAAUAAGUCCAGUUGAACCAACUGGUUAUACAUUUGGUGCAUGUUAUCAAGGUGAUAAAAAAGCAGCACCAAAUGAAAGAUAUCCAGAAAUAAAUGGUACAUUAAGACCAGAUGGACAUUUAGCUGCAACAUGGAUACAUACAUUGGGUUGUCGUUUAAGAAUAAAACAUAUAACACAAAUGUUUAAUGGUAAAUGUUUAACAUCAAAAUCAACAAUGGAAUAUAGACGUGAUGAUAUGACAUUAUCAGCAUCAAUUGAUGAUCCUGAUUUUUUAAAACAAUGUGGAACAAUAUCAUUUUAUUAUCUUCAAGCAUUUACACCAAGAUUAACAAUGGGAAUUGAAGUAUCAGCAAAACGUAGUCCUGAUAUUAUUGGUGGACAACAAAGUCAUGUUGCUGGAGCAUUUAGAUAUUCAACUGGUAUAUGGACAUUAUCAACAACAAUUGGACAUGCUGGAAUUCAUGCAUGUUAUCAUCAUAAAGCAAGUCAACAGUUACAACUUGGUGUUGAAUUACAAACAAAAUUACAAAAACAAGAUUCAACUGGUACAAUUUAUUAUCAAUUUGAUAUUCCUCAUGCUGAUAUGAUAUUCAAGGGAUAUGUUGAUACAACAACAACUGUUGCUGGUGUUUUUGAAAAAAAAUUAUAUCCUGUACCUGGUGCAUCAUUAUUACUGAGCUGUCAAUACAAUCAUAUUCAAGAAAAUCUUCAUGUUGGAAUUGGCCUCAAUGUCGGUUGAUCUCUUCAUCAUUAUAAUAGUAUACUCCCCUCCCAAAAAAAAAAAAGGUCUAAUA